AUGGGCCUCCUCGACCAUGUCGGCUCGGCCGUCUCAGGUGCCAAAUCGCACAUCAAACCCACCAAAGAAGAUCGUCCCCCUGAAGGUGCUUCCGCCGAUGACACCGAAGAACUCGACGAAGAAGCCGGAAACAUUCUCAUCUCCCUCAUCGGUCAACUUCGCAUAGGCAUGGACCUUUCCAAAGUUACACUCCCCACAUUCGUCCUCGAACCAAGAUCCAUGCUAGAACGUAUCACCGACUUCAUGUCUCACCCCGACCUUAUCUUUGGUGCUGGUAAACUCUCCUCCCCCGAGCAACGCUUUCUUCAAGUAACCCGCUACUAUCUCUCUGGUUGGCAUAUCAAACCUAAAGGUGUCAAGAAACCCUAUAACCCUAUUUUGGGCGAGUUUUUCAGAUGCACUUACAACUACACCGACGGUACCAAAGGUUACUACAUCGCCGAGCAAGUCUCCCACCAUCCUCCCAUCUCCGCUUACUACUAUCUUUCUCCGGAAAACAAUCUUUUGAUCUAUGGAGAACUCAAGCCUAAAUCCAAGUUCUUGGGUAACUCGGCUGCUACGAUUAUGGGAGGAGAGAAUCGGGUGGUGUUGUUGGAUAAACAGCAGGAUGGAGAGUACGUGAUUUCCAUGCCCAACAUGUACGCUAGAGGUAUUUUGUUCGGUAGGAUGGUAUUGGAGUUGGGCGAUACGAGUAAGAUCCGCAACGAGGCCAACGACUUGAGUUGUGAUGUCGAGUUUAAGACCAAGGGUUACUUUACUGGUACCUACAAUGCGAUCGGUGGCAAAGUUACCAAGGCUGGCAAGUGUAUUGGUGACAUUUCCGGAAAGUGGAGUGAUUCCAUGGAUUACAAAGACAGCAGUUCCGGUAAGCACGACGAGUUGUUCGAUGCUCAUAAAGCAACAAUUGUUCAAAAGGAGGUCAUUCCCGAGGAACAGCAGGAGGAAAACGAAUCGAGGAGACUAUGGUCUAAGGUGACCCAGGCAAUUAAGGAGAAAAAUCUGGACAAGGCAACAGAGAGUAAGAGUGCGAUUGAGGAGAAACAGAGAGCCUUAGCAAAGGAGAGAGAGGAAAACGCUGACAAGUGGGAACCAAAGUUUUUCGUGCAAAGGGGUGAAAAGUAUCAUCCAAGGAUGGAAAGUAUGCCUGAUGACAGCUACAGGCCUGCGGUGGUGGUUGAGUACUUUGCUAAGACGGAGUGA